AUGACUUCAUUACACACCUCGAUUUCCUUUUCUAAGCAACUAGAGUCUUAAAACAAAAGGAAUACUAAAAUAUUGCACAAACCCAUAUUUAAAUAGAAAAGAUAACUGAUUUAACCAAGUAAACAUAUUUAGGAUUCAUUUAUUAGAUUGUACCAUACAAAUAAAGUAACAGGAUCAAUUAUAUAAAAUUACUAAUUUAGAAAGAGUUGCAUAAUCCCACUAAAAAAAUUCUUAUAAAUGCCAAACAUUAGGGGCAUUAUUAAUAGACAAAUUAUUAAAAAAGGGUUUAAUUUUAGAAAGGAAAUAUGAUAAUGAAUCCUCUGAAUGUAGGCUAUCAUUAUAUAAUUAAAAUACAGAAAUUCAAAGUGAAUAAUAUUUAGAACAUGAUCAAUUAAUGCAUUUUUAUGAUAGAUUACCUUGUGAGAUGAUUACAGAAAAUUAUAGAAAUUAAUUUCAAGAUACUAUUAAAUAGCCAUAUGAAUGUUUGAAUUUUUAAUAUAUAGAAGGUAGGUUAGUUGGAAUUUAAAAAAAAAUGAAUUACGAUUUUCUCAGAUUGAUGGGCAUAAACGAAGAAAUUUUAGACGAUUAUAUACAAAAAGAGAAUUAAAUUCCAAUAUGUUGUGAUAUUUAAAAGUCUAUUUAACUAAGAGAUGGAAUUUACUAUCAUUCCAGUUUAGUAAAUUUUCAAGGAGAAAUUUUCGAUUCUUAAAUAGAAAUAAAAAAAUUCUUAUUAUCAAAUUCUAGUUUACAGAUAUCCAAUUACUUUAUAUACUUUAUUUACACUUGCGAUAGAAAUUAAUUAAAUGUUAAUAAAAUUGAGAAAAAUUACUUAAGAUAUUUUUAAUAUUAAACCUUAUCUUUUUCAUCAUACAUUUCCAUACAUAAAACAAGAAAUAUGAAGCCAUGCCUUGUAAAGCCGAUAAGAAAUUUUGAAUGA